AUGAUUGGGCUUCUGUUUCUUUCUUCUCUUCCACAGCCAAUUUCUCUUCUUCAAGAUGGACUUAGUCCUCCAUUGUCUCAACAAAUUCGCAAGUUGAGUAACACCGAUAGGUUCCACGUUCUUGUAAGGAAAAUUCACAUUCCAGAGGGUCGAUGUCGUAGUCUUUGUCAUAUGGGAACUAGUGAUCUUAGCAUUCCUGGUGUUCUCAGCAGUAUCCUUGUACUUCAGGCGGUUGCAACUCGCAUUCAUCUUGGUUUGUGUCUCCUUACUAUUGCUCGUCUGUAUGAAAAUCACAAAGCAAGUGAGACUAGCCAGGAAGAAGAAGCGAAGGAUGCUUCUUCCUCUCUCUAUGUAAAGAGCGAAAACCACUUAACAUUUGCAAACCUUUGA